CGCUACAGCGCAACGCGGCCGCUCCCCGGGAUUUCUCUCGACUCAUCCCAGAACCAGUCGUCGUAGUUGUCCAGGUGAAUGAGCAGCCCGCUCGGGCCCUAGUCGACUCAGGAUCCCUGUCAGACUUCAUGUCUGCAAGGUUAGCACAUCAGUUAGGUCUGGAGGUUUUUGAGCUCACCAAACCUUUGCCUGUGCAGCUGGCCGUCCAAGGGUCCCGCGCAAAGAUUAACUUUGGCUGCCGAGUUCGACUGGAAUACCAGCGCAUCAGGACUGAGAGGUAUUUUGAUGUCAUAAACUUACUGAAUUACGACCUCAUUCUCGGAACUCCAUUCAUCUUCCAGCACAAGGUCACGUUGGGACUCAACCCCACCACCCUAGUGGUCGGCAGUCCGCAGGCUCUGCCAAUCGAGGGCCGCCAGGUGCGGACGCUACAGUCGCACGCGGCGGACGUGCUGGACGACGUGCUCGAGGCGGCACGAAAGGAGUUGCGUGAGUACGCGGCUCCCAUUUGCAAGGAAGCUAGUGACUCACCACUACCUCCUUUGCGGACCAUCAACCAUCGUAUCCCCCUCAUAGACCCGGAUAAGGUCUAUACCUGGCGGCCGUCUAAGUGUCCGGACGCUCACAGAGAGAAUUGGCGGGAGAAGCGAGAUGCUUACCUCAAAUCGGGGUGA